UGGCGGAGAAUCUGAUGCGAGAGUUGGACCAGGCCGCUCAAAUCGUUUUGGCUCCUCCUAAUAUAGUAAGCAAUGAACAAAGACAUUGUGCUGAAAAUCUCUUUUUGAAUUUCCGCAAAUCUAAACUGCCAUACUCCACAUGCAGGGAAUUACUAGAAAAGAGCAAGAAUGAUUAUGUACUAUUCCAAGCUGCUAGUACAAUCAAGGAAAGUGUUGUACGUGAAUGGACUCUUCUACAACCAGAUGAUAUACAAUCUUUGAGAUUAUUUCUACUGAAAUAUGUAGUGGACCAUAUAGAUUUAAAGCGCUAUGUUCGAAGGCAGAUAUUACAAGCAGUGGCAGUUAUGUCUAAACGUGGUGCUUUAGAUGGAGAAAAACUAAACAAGGAUGCCAUAUUCAAUGAUGUCACUCAGCUUAUAAGUAGCGGAAAUCUUUCAAUGCAACUUGUUGCUUGUUCAAUCCUGACAUCUUUACUGGAUGAGUUCUCAAGUACUUCAAAGUCGAGUAAGAUAGGGCUAACAUGGGAAUUCCAUAGCAAAUGCAAGAGAUCAUUUGAGGAUGCAGAUCUGAAGAAAGUGUUCUCAUUCUGUCUACAAGUUCUCCAUGAGCUUGAGAAAUGUGCGUCACCUCUAAACAGAGACGUCACCUAUUUGUCCAUCAGAUUCCUCACAAUAACCGAGCAGCUUCUCAAUUGGCAGUUCUCAUCAAGACAUCCUAUCAGGAAUCGUAUUGGAUCAUUCAUGAUAUAUGGCAGUGUGCCAUUCAGACCACUCGAGACAUGGCAGGAUGUUAUCCUGGAUAGAGGUGUCUUAGAUCUGUUCUUCAAGAUCCAUGAGAAAGUAAGACACAACUCUGAGAUGGCGCACCAUUCAAUGCAGUGUAUCAGUCAACUAGCAACACUAACUGGAGCUGUGUUCUCUGAUGAUACAGCCAAGAGGGAUUAUGUGGCACACUUCCUGCAGGGAUUUCUUGCUCUCUUGGCUAGCAUAGAUCUCCAGGACUAUGAAGCCCUUGGUGUUGCUACGACGAUCAACAACCUACUGACCAUGUUUUCUAUGGGAGUAUUCAUUGAGCUGCCCAAAACAUUGUUUGAGCAGUUUGCCAAUGCUCUAACACAGCUGACCUGCAGGUUUGGGCAGGCAGCUGCACUAGAGGAAGCUAUGAAAGGAGAAGAUACAUUGUACAGAGAAGCAUACGGAAAAUUACUAGAUUCAUGGAUGAACUUUGUCACCGAUGUUGACAACUUUGCACCAGAGUUCUGGCGAACACAAUCAACAGAAGUUUUUACAUCUUACUUGCAGAGUCAUCUCGGUCCACCAGAUGGCACUAGGAAUCAGACAUCAAGUGGUGAAGUGAAUGAUGAUGACAAUGAAGAUUAUGAUGAGACAGAGGAAGAUGACAGGUUAAAGUUCAAAGAGGACCUCUGUUGUAUUGGGGUGUUUGCUCGUAGAAACCUUGGCUACACACUACCUCUAUUAUCCAAAUUGUUGGAAGGUAGAAUACAGCGUCUCCAUGGACAACUACAGAGAAUGCAGCAGGUCUCAUCACCUGGUAACCAUGUUGCUAUGGAUACCUCAAUGCUAUCAAGUCUGAAUGAAGACCUCCAUUGGACCUUGCUUAUCAUUGCAAAUGUAAUAACAAGGGACCCAGAAGGUGAAACUCCAAUGAUACCCUCAGAGAUCAUGGAACAUUCUAUAGAACAAAAUAAAUCUAUUGACCUACAGACCAGUCUUAAAGUACUUGCCUCACCUGGUGAAGAUGUUGCUACAAUACCAGGUGCCGACACAUCAACUGAUCAUAUUAUUAGACUCAUAUCUGCUGUAUUCAAGCUAUGUGAAGUGGAAAAACGUGCAGUUGCAGCUAACCUUACACAUCUCCUUAGUCCCCAAGUUGCUAGUACACUAAUGUGGUUGCUAUGGCGGUGGGUUCCAGCCUUUUUACUACCAGAUGAAAAUUACUACGCACAAAUCAGUCCAGCCAUCCAAUCAGCAUUUGGACGAGACACAGAGGGUGGCCAAUGGGUCAUGAAUUUCUUGCUGGAGAAAAUUGUAUCAAACCUUUCCGUGUGGUCCUCAGAGGAAUCUCUUAUACUAGAUACAGUGCAGCUAUUCUCUAUGAUUGUAGAGAAUAAACAUAGAUGCAGUAGUGCAAUGAAGUGUCCAUCAGUAUGGCAGUUGGCAAAAGAAGAAGCAGCCAAUCAGCCACCACUUAGUAUUCUGCCCUGCUCAGGAAAGAGGCAUUUGUUACGAGCUCUGGUACUGGCUGGAUCUGCUAGCCUUGAAGAGAGUGUGAAACAGGAGUAUUGGAAAUAUAUUUUACAGUCUCUACAUGACAGAUUUAAGACCACAGUGUGCCAUGAAAACUUUAAGCGUAUCUCGAAUGAUGAAAGUGUCCGUAAUGAAGUGAUUGGACUCCUUGAGUCACUGUGUGGUGUAGCAGAAGCAACAAGAGUCACAAAUGUUUCUCUAUUGUUCAAUUUUCUUCACCCAGCUCUAGUUGAGUCAGUCAAACUUGUAGAUAUAUACCACACUUAUGUGCAAGUAGUCCAGUUGAUCCUAGAGUUAUUCUGUGAGAUUGCGAAGAGACAAAUAUGUUACCUUGGCUUGAAAGAUACAAAGAGUAUGUAUGACUGUUGCUUACAAUUGUUACAAACUUAUGCCAAGCACAGUGCUGGAAAGUUGAACUUAAAUAGUAAUGCUGAAGAGGAACAAUACAUGGACCUGCUCAUUGUCAUGGAGCUUCUAACACAUCUACUUUCAAAGGAUUUCAUCGAUUUUGGGGUAACAGAAGAGGAAGAAGCAAGUGGUCAGAAUGAUGUUCUUGCAGCUGAUGUGGUUCUCUAUGGAUUGAACAUUGUAAUACCUCUUAUGAAUGCUGAACUUCUCAAGUUCCCUGCACUAUGCAGUCAAUACUUCAAACUGAUUACAUAUGUUGGUGAGAUAUAUCCGGAGAAAAUGUGUAAUCUUCCUGAGCAACUGCAUAAAAAUCUGAUGGCAUCCCUGGAACUCGGUUUCACCUCGUUUGGUGAAGAUAUCAACAAAUCAUGUCUUGACCUGUUAGUGUCACUGGGGUCUCAUGUAGCGCAAUCUGAACCAAUCGGCUCGCAAGGACACACUGCAAUGACACACUUUUUAGAGGUUAUGUUUACUCUGCUAGUGACUGAUAGCUUUGAUAUGGAUCAGUUGGACACUGCAAGCUCAACAUUCCAUGCCCUUAUAUGUUGUAACCAGGCCAAAUACAAUGAGUUAGUCCACCAUCUAAUUAGCGAACAAUCGGAAGAGCUUUAUUCUAAAAGACUGGUUGAUGCAUUUAAUGAACUUACUCCCCCAGGAGAAAAACUGUCCUUGGAACGCAGGGCAAAAAUUAAAUUCAUUGAACGAUUUGAAAAAUUUGUGUUGAAUGUGCGAGGCUUUCUGUGUGUGAGAUAAAAAAGAUUUUGAAUCACUCAUAUUUAAAAACCGCUUAAAGUCUGUAUAUUUAAAUGGAGUACAUUAUAUCUGAUGUGCAGUAUAUUUUCGAAUGUUGACUACACACACUACCAGAAAAUACAAG